AGUUGUGUCUGAAGAAAGCUCAAGAUUUUAUUUAAGCCAACUUGUGCUAGAAGUGAAGAUCUGUUGUACUUUUCGGUGUUCUUAGGACGCAUGUCCUGAAAUUGUAAUGUUUUAUUUUUAAUGAAGACAUGGAUGAAGAUGAACGGCAGAGGAAACUAGAAGCUGGGAGAGCUAAGAAAUCAUCCACCAUGCCUCGAAAAAAGUCGCUUGCUAGCUACCGACAGAAGCGGGCGCAAGGCAACGGUGCGGGGGCGCCGAAAAAGACGCAGAAGAGGAAGGGCCAGAAUGACGCGCAGAAUGACGGCGCGACGCAAGACCGUCACGUAGAAGCGCCGCUUCCUACAGCAAACAACAAGGAACUGAACAACAAGACCAGCCAUGAGGAACCCCAGAAACCGUUGAAAUCAAAAGUUGGGCAAAAUCAGCAGAGGAAGGAUCAGGACCCCGACCCAGAGCAAAGCCUGUCCUGUACAGAGGAGGAACUAGUCACACUCACUGACAGAGAACAGCUUAAGAAGUUACAGCAGGCUGUGGAGAAGCGUAAUGAGAUCAUUGCAAAGCUCAGCACCAACCUGCAGGAGGCGCUGGCGAGUAGAGACCAGGUGCAGCUGGAGGCACAGUCGCUUGCUGGACAGAUACAGGCGUUACAGAGGCAGCUGCAGCAGACCAGUGCAGACUUUUUGCGCAUCAAAAAUCAGGCAGGAGCUGAAGUCUUCAACAAUCAUGUACAGCAGCAACAGCAGCAUGGCCUCCACUCCCAAGAUACAGAACUCAACCAGAGGGAGGGAUCUUCAAGGGCAGGUCCAAGUGCCAUGUCAGGUGUUGAAAACUUCAGUGCAGACGAGGACAGUGAGACAGACAAUAUUCUGUGCACACUAAGGGCCGAGCUGGAGGAGGAAAGAAAGAACAGCCAACGGAUAUGUGCUGAACUAGCUGAUGAGAUAGAGAAAUACCAAAAUGUGCUUUCUUUACUGGAGCAUGAGAAGAGAAGCAGGGAAGAGGAGCGAAAGGAAAGGGAGGCACAGCUGCAAGAGCUCCAGAAUCAGUUAAGUUUACUCCAAACUCAGUGCCUUGAGCUUCAGCAGCACAAAGCAGAGAAGGAGAAGCUGAACGCAGAAGUGCUGGACCUGAGGAAAAGGCUUCAGGAGGGGGAAGAUGCACAGAAGAGUUUUAGUGAGAAGGUAGCCAGCUCUGCUCUCUGUCUCCAGAGACAGGAGAUGGAGAUGCAGAAGCUCAAAGAGGAGCACAGAGAGGAGGUGGAGAGAGUCAGGCAGCUGCUGGAGGAGCGGGAGAGACAGCUGAAGUUGAGAGAAGAAGAGGUCAAGGGACUGAAAGCUUCCAAGAAUCUGCAGAACCAGGUGAAGGCUGGUUUUAGCUCCAAUGAAAUGAUUGGUGCAGAUGAAGCCAAUCAGGAAAAUGGACCUGAUGAGGACGGCAUGAAUGUAUCAUCACCUGGAGAUAUCAUGAUGGAGCGUUAUCUGUCUUCAGCUACUUGUGCACUCUCCAGGUCUUCAUUGAUAGAUGACAGCUUUGAACACUGCGGUCAGCUGGACGUCGCUGCAGAUUACAGUUUUGAGCUGAACAGUGACAUGUUGGGAGAUGAGCCACUCUUGUCAAUAUCAAACCGACUUCAGGAAGUAAACGACCUCCCAAACAACUCAAGCCCGUCAUGCUCCCCUGGAAUCCCUGUAGCGGAUAAUUCUCUUUCCCAGUGGCUUCAGAACUCCACUUCCAAUGAGCUGGAGUUGAGUAAACUAUCUGAGCAUCAUUAUGGAGAGACGGACCUGGGAAAAGAGUUGCUGAGUCAGCAGUGUGAGGAGCUCCGUGAGGAGCUGGCUCUCAAGGACAGGGACCUAAGUGUGCUCAGGGAGGAAGUCAUUAAGAGUGCUGAGGAGCUGGAGGAGGCCAGAAGCAGGUGGGCCCAGGUAACAGAGGAGCUCAGACAGGCUCUCUGGGAACUUGAGGAGGAGAAGGAGAAAAGGAGACAUAUUGAGGAGGAAAUGAACUCAAAAACCCAUGAACACGAUAACCUGAAGAACAGACUGAGUGCCUUAAUGGAAGAAAGAGAAAAUGUUGUCAUGUUUAUGGGAAAGGAAGCUGCUGAAACCUCCCUGCUGCUUCCUGAUGUGUCUCCAUCAGAAGAGGGACAGAAACUGGUAGGGGAGCUUCAAAAUGAGUCAGAGAAGGAGGCUGCACUCCGGUCUCAUCAGAAACAGCAGGAGGUUUUUGAGCUGUCUCUGCAGGGGAUAAAGGAGCCUUCAAAGUCUGCUAAACAGAGCCUGGAGUUUGAAGAUGACAAACAACUCCAAACACUACAGGCUGAGUGUGAACAUCUCAUGUCAGAGCUAGAGGAGACAAAAACAACACACAAAAACACUGAAGCCCUACUUGAUCAAAGGACUGUGGAGCAAGAAGAAACAUUAAAGGAGCUUGAAAAAACUCGCACACAGUUUGUCAAGGUUCAGGCAGAGGUAGAAAGACUGCAGGAAGAGCUGGAGAAGAGGCAGAGCUGUCUGGACAGUGCAGAAAAGAAGAAAAAUGAACUGGAAUCUCAGGUCCUCUGUUUAAGACAAACCUUAACCAACCUGGAGGAGGCUCAAGCCAAAGCCAUGCAGGAGAAGGAGGAGAGCCGGAGGAAAAGAGAGGAGAUGGACGAACGGAUCAGAAAAAUGGAACAAGUCUUAGAAGAGGAACUGGAACAGUUCGAGAGCCUGCUAAAGGACAAGGAUGACGAGUUGGCUGAAGAGAGGGAGAAAUGGGAAGAUGAGAAACAAGAGAAGGAAAAAGAUCUUCUUGAUAUGAGGCGCCAGCUGGAGGAGCAGAGGAGGGAGAGGGAGGAGGAGGCGAAGGCUCUCCUGCAGAAGCAGGCCAUGGCAGUGGAGGAGGCUACAGAAAGACUGAAGACAUCUCACCAACAGGAGAUUAAAGACCUGAAGGAGAAACAUCAAAUAGAGAUUUCUGAGCUGAACUCUCACCUGGAGUCAGAACUGCUGAAGAAGCAGGUUGUUAUUGAGGAAGAACAGAAGAGACAGAUCAGCCUCAUCAAACAGGUGACUGAACGUGAACAUGAGAGGAUGGUUUCAGAGCUGACUGUCAAACACAACCAGGAGCUGAGUCAGCUGAGGACAGAGCUGUCCACUGAGCUGAAGGAGAGCCUGGAGACUGCCCACCAGGCAGAGCUGCAGCAUGCACAGGUCCAAAAGGCUGCUGAGCUUGAAGCCUUGCAUCUGAGUCUGACCAGCGCCCACAAGUCCCAGCUGGAGCACUCCCACUUGAACUUUCAGCAGGAGCAGGAAUCUGCUCUCACCCAAGUCCAGGCCUCCCUGAGGGACACGUUUGCACAGGAAAGCGCUCUCCUGCAGGCUCGACAUCGACAAGAACUGGACGAGAUCAGACAGCAGAACCAGGAGCAGCAGGAAAGAUUGUGUGAGCUGCACCAACAAAACAUGAAUGAGUUAAAGCAGCAGUGGGAGGCGGCUAAAGCUCAGCAGAAUGCUGCAAUGGAGGAGAGGAAGGCCAAGGAGAUGCAGGCUCUAAGGUCACAGUGGGAAAAGGAUGCUGAGAACACCAAAUCAAAACUCCAAAAAACACUCUCAGAGAGCCAGAGCGGUCUUACUGCAACCCAGGCUGAACUCCACAGCACCCAGGACUCCCUCACCCAGGCCAACAAAGCUCUUACUGAAGCUCAAGCGGCACUGUCCCAGACUCAGUCAGAGCUGCAGGAGUCAUCUGCCCAGCUGAAGGAACUCCAGACCUCAAGUCAGGAGCAGAAGCAGAAGCUGGAAGAAGAGCUGAAACAAGCCUUAGCUGACAGAGAUGCUACUGCUCGGACUUUGGAGGAGUUGGUUUCUUCGCUGCAGGAGAAAGAACAGGAAGUGCUCGGCCUGCAGGAGAAGGAGCAGAAACUGCAGCAACAGGUUUUGCACCUGCAGGAAGAAAAGACCUUGUUAAAACAGAGCUCAGAGGAAGAAGUAGGUCAGCUGUGGAGCCAGCUGGAAAGCAUGAGGACAAGUCGCCAAGAAUUGGGAGAGCUCAAGGAGCAGCUGCUUGCUCGCUCUUCUCGUGUUGAUGACAUCGAGCGCCUGAAGUCAGAAUUUAAUGAUCAAAAACGGGAAAUAAAGGAGCAGAAUGAGGCCGAGCUAGAGAGCUUGAGGAGGUACUUUGAGCAGCGAUUGCAGGUAACCGAGGAGAAUUACAGAGAGGAAAUCGCUCUGCUACAGCUCAGGCUGGUGGAAAGUGCCAUGGAGGAAUCUGUAUUAACAAGUUCCAUAUCUCAGAGCCCACCAGGGAAGAGUAAAGAUCACGUGCCUACUGAUGCUGACCUUACAGAUGAGAAACAAAAGGAAUUGCUUGACAGUUUGCGACUUGAGCUGGAGGAGAAACACACAAUGGAGCUUUCUGAUCUACGAUCUUCUAUGGCUCUGUCCUUCAAGAAGGAGCUGCAACAGGUACGCUCAGACCUCACUGACAUCUACUACGAAGAGCUGCAGGAGAUCAAAACUCGUCACGCACUGGAACUAGAGCAACUCAGAGCCAAACUCUCUGAUCAUCACUUACAAGAGCUGACCCGAGUUCAUUUUGAGAUGGCGAGGCAGGUAGAGGUGGAAGUGGAGCAGAGGAUAUGGUGUCACACUGAGGAGCUGCAGGCAAGCAUGACCCUCAUCCACUACCUGGAGAACAAACUGGCUGCCUUUAGUGAGGCAGAAAUGCAAAAUAACACACAAACGGAGCGUUUACAGGAAGAGAUGAAGAGGCUGAGAGAAGAUCUCCAAAAGAAGCAUGAAGCUGAGCUUUCUGCUCUGAAGUCUGACCAUGACAGAGAGACAGAGUUUGAGAGGACAGGCUUUGAAAGGGCUCUUCAUGAGGAGAGGGAGAAGUUAAAGUCUCUGCAGGCUGCUCUGGACAACGACGACAGCCCACAGGUGCUUGUUUUGCGACAGAGACUUCAAGCCCAGUAUGAUGGUGAGCUGCAGAAGGCAAAGAGCCGCAUGGCAGCAGACAUGAAGGAGCUCACUGCUCUUCUUCAGGGGCAGAGUGAGGAGCGGCUACGACAAGCUAAUGACAGGUUUAAAGAGGAGAAAGCAUCACUGGAGCAAAGUGUCUCCCAAAAACUUGAAAUCUCUCUGGCAGAGCUGCAGCACAAACAUCACACUGAGCUGCAACAUGAGAGAGAAACACUACUGAAUAAACACUCCCUAGAGAUGGACUCACUCGAUGCCAAACACAAAGCGCAACUAGACUCACUGAGUGCCAGUCACAGAAAUCAGCUUGAAGCUUUGACUGCUGAGCUUGAAGCCAAACACAACGCUGAGCUUGUUGCCUUGGAAGAAGCUCUCAAUUCAAAACGAAAGGCAGAGCUGGAAACUCUGGAGGAGACCGGGCUGGCUCAGCUAGAAGCUUUAGAGGCUGAGUUAGCCCGCAAACACCAGGAAGAGAGGGAUGAACUGGAGAAGAGGAUGCUGGGUAAUAUGGACACUUUGGAGGCAACAUACUUAAAGGAAGUGCAAGCAUUACGUGAUGAAAUGGCGCAACUUAAAGAGCAGCAUCAUCGAGAGUUAAAUCAGCAGAAGUCAGAACAAAGGCAGGUGAUGGAGCGCCACGCUGCAGAGCAGCUGUCCAUCAGGGAGGAGCUGAGGAAAGAGCUGGCUCAGGUGCACAUCGAGAAGUUUAGUGCCAUGGCAGCUGAGCUCAGCCACGUUCACAAGUCUGAGCUGGCUGUUCAAAAAGAAGCAUUAGAUACUGAACACUGCAAAGCCCUGGAGACCCUAAAGAAGCAGGUUUUAGAACUGGAACAACAGCACAGCGCUGCUCUUCAGGAGCUCUCGCAUACCUGCACUGCUGAGAAAGAGCAGCUCAGUGAACAGCAUCAGCUCCAGCAACAGGAGCUGAGGAGCUUCUCUGCACGAGAACUGGAGGCGUGCCGCAGGGAGCUGGAAGAGGAGUCAUCAAGGCAUCGGCAGCACUUCCUAGAAGAGGUGGAGCUCCUGAAAGUCCAAUCAGAGGAGAGGCUGCAGGACCGGAUUAAUCAAGUGAAGACGGAGUUGGAGGAGCAGAAGCAGUUGGAGCUUGAAGAGCUGAGACAGAGCUUCGCGUCCGAACAGGAGGAGAAGGAGCGGAGCUACACCAGCAAAAUGAGCCAGCUCACUGCCCAACUGCAGCAGCUGGAUGCUGUGGUGGCCCAGCUGCGGGCAGAGGUCAGCUGUCUUCAGGGAGAGUUAGAGGGGAAGCGUGCAGAGAUGGACACUUUGGAUACGCUCCUCCAACGAAGGGAGCGAGAGAGUCAGGAGGGAGGAAACCUCCUAAAGAUGCUCACUGAUGAUCUGCAGGCUGCUAAAGAGGAAAGGUGUAACCUGCACCAGGCCAAUGAAAAGCUGAAGAAGGUGCUGAUAGACAUGAUUCGUAACAUGAUUGCAACAGAAGAGCUGAUUGGGCAAAAGAUCAGUGCCAGGACCAAAACAUCCGAGCAGACGACCAAUCGGAGGAAAUCUACAGGAAACAAAGAUGCUCAAGAAUCAGUUGCAGAGCUGUCUUCAGAUGACCUGGAGCUGACCCACCUGCUCUGUGAAAGCCUGCUGGUUUCGGAAACUCAGCUCAAUCCUGGGGGAGAAGAAGCAGCUCUGAACGCCUGCAGCAGACUGCGACACACUGUUGACACACUGCUGGAGCUGCUCAACCAGGCCAACACACAACUGGAGCAGACUCAUGACCACCACCUUUCUCUGGAGGAAAAGUUCUCCAAAGGCAGAGAAGACUCCGCCCAGCUUCUUGAGCAGCAUAAGCUCUUAGUGGAGCGGUUUGAUCAGGAGGCGAAGCAGAAAAGUCAACUCCAGCUGGAGCUCCACAAGGCUGAAGGGCUUUUGGAGGGUUAUGUGGCUGAAAAAGCCAUCCUGGAGGAGUCCCUGCAGCAGAAGGAAGCCCAAGAGGAGAGACUAGUGGAGGAGCUGGAGGACUUGAAGACGAAGCUGCACCAGGUGCAGGGUCUCACCUCGGAGCUGGAGAGCCUCAGACAGAAGCAUCAGGAGCUCAGUGAGGAGCACACGCUUCUCCUGCGCCAGAAGGAGCACCUCUCUGCCGGCCUUGGGGAGAGGGAGAAAGCUCUCCUGGAGGAGACAGAGCGUUUGGUGCGGGAUAGGCUGGACUUGCAACGGCAGGCAGAGAAGGACCACAGCUCUCUGUCCGUUCGCCUCAGGGCCCUGGAGAGAGAGCUGGAAGAGCAAGAGACGAAGGGCCUGGAGACGGAGCAGCACCACAAGACCCGUACAGAAGACCUCCAUCAGCAAGUCCAAGCUCUUGAGAAACAGCUGAAACACAACCGCCAGUUUAUAGAGGAGCAGGCUGUGGAGCGUGAGCAUGAGAGAGACGAGUUUCAGCAGGAGAUCCGAAGGCUUGAGGCCCAACUCAGACAGACAGCCAGCGUGGAUAACAAAGGACACCGGUUUGAGGACUUGGUUCUGCAGGUGGAGACUCUGCAAGCUAUGAUUAAAGACAAGACAGAGGACCAUGCAUCCUUGCUUUCAGCCAAUCAGCAAGCCAAGCGUGACCUCGCAGAGCGCAACGAAGAGAUAGACAAGCUAGCAGGGCGAAUCAGAGAGCUCGAACAAGCACUGCUCAACAGCACAGAAAGUGAUCGAUCUGUCAGUCACCUGGAACAGGAGCUCCACAGAGCUAAGCUGAGAGAACAAGAGCUUACACAAGAUAAGCAGGCCCUGGAGCAGCAGCAGCUGUCCAACAGGCUUCAGAUCUCCGCUCUGCAGUCCAAACUGGAUGAGACGAGACACUGUUACCACGAAAACACACGGGACCCCACCCAGGAGCUGAGAGAUGCCCUGGAUACGGCUCAGCAGAGCCUGCAGAGCAAAGAGCAGGAGGCUGAGAUUCUGCUUGGCCAGCUGGAGAAAGUGCAGAGUGACUUAAACAUCAAAGAAGUUGAACUGAAACACCUAACACUACAGCUGGAGCUCCUGACCAAUCAGAAUGCAGCUCAUGUUUCAGAACUUCAAGAGCAGAUCGCUGCCCUAAAUGAGAAAGUGUCUGCGCUCACCAUCCUCAGAGAGGAGAACGAUGAAGAGAGUGAGAUGAAGGAUGCAGAGGAAGAAACCCUGCCUUCAGCGUUACUCCAGGAGAAAAAUCAUGAGAUUGACCACCUCAACAGUGAGAUCCAAAGACUGGAACAGGAACUGGAGAGCAUCCGGGACAACAAAGUUUUGGAGGCUGAGCUUGAGGAUUUGCGCUCACAGGUUGAGCAUCUUCAGUCUGAGAUCAUGAGAGUGCGCGAGGACAAACAGGAAGAAGAGGAGCGCCUUCAUGAGGUCAUCAGCACGCUGCAGGCAGAACUCGCCACAUUAGGACCAAACCUGCAUGAAGUCAGCGACUCUCAGGACGGCGACAGCAUCAAUCCCUCACCCGCUCCAAGCCCAGAGCCUCGUCACUACCCCAUUCAGGAGAGGAGGGGAGGCCCGAGCAGUCUGAAGCAGGAGCUCAGCCUGACUCACUCUACCUCCUCCCGUCCCCUUCGAUCUCGCCUCAAAGCUCUUCAGAGUCAGCUGGACACCGUGGUGGCAGAAAAAGACGGACUAGAGCGACUGCUGCACACUCAGGAGGAGGAGUACAGAGGGCAUGGAGAGGAGUUUGGAAGGAGGCUGAAAGCUGAGAGGGAGAGAGGCGACGAGCUUCAGGGUCUCCUCACUGCUAAGGAAGCUGAGCUGGAGAAACUCAAAGCCUGCAUGGAGGAUGAAAAACAGAAGGGGAAACUAUCAGAGGAGGAGAGGGACAGCUGUCAAAUGCAAGUCCAAGAUAUAAGCAGCCUGCUUGAAAAGAACGCCCACCUCAGCUCUCUGAUUUUGGAGCUACAAAAUAAAGAACAGGAGACGCUGAGUGAAAUCACAGCUCUGAAAACAAAAGAGCUGGAGAUGAGGCGGGACACAGAAGCACUGAGAGAAACCAGCCUCACUCUGGAGAGACAAGUCCAGGAGGUACGAGCUGAGGUGGUUGACCUGGAGGAGCUGGUCGCUGAGGAGAGGACGAAGGUGAAAACCCUCGAGACUGUGAAGGAAGAGCUUUCUGCUGAGCGAGAGGCGCUGAGGAGGAGGGAGGGGCAGCUUCAGGAGGAAAUCGAAAGGCUCAGACAGGAGGUGACCUCAAUGAGAGCCUGCAUCCAGAACCUGACAUUUCAGCUCAAUGUGAGGGAGACGAGUCAAGAAGAGGCUCAGAAGGAGGUGCUGACGCAUGCUGAGGUGACUCUGGCUAAAGCAGACGCUGCCUUAAGACAGAAGGAGGCUGAGCUUGGCAGACUGAGGUCAGAGCAUCAGGCUCUGAGGGCAGAACUGACUGCCGUGAAAAAGGGUCUGAGUACCAGCACAGAGAGGGCUGAGAAACUGCAUGUGGAAGGACAGACCAAAGACCGUGCUCUAGUCGACCUGGAGACUGACAACCAGCAUCUGAAGGCGGAGCUUCGGCGUCUGCAAGAGGACCUGGCUGUACAGGAAGAGGAGCUGGCCUAUCAGCGAAGAGAACUACAGCAACUCAGACAACACUGUCAGCAGCAGCAAACACGACCACACCAACAGGGGUCCCAUCAGAAAGAUAUUUCUACCAGAGCCUUUGAGAACAGUGUGAUCCAGGAUGAAGUGUCUUUGAGCUCUCCAGAGGUUCUGAGGAGACUGGAAUGCUCUGAAGACAGAAUCCCAGAGCACUUCCACGCCUCAGUCCUCGGCUCUCGUCUGUCUGAGCUCAGCGUUCUAAACAGCACAGGUCUGGAUUUCCCACCUGUUAAAACCUCUCAAAGGGUCGUGAUGGAGCCUCCCCGUUCCAGGACUAUCACACCAGAACCAGGCACACAGAGCACCCAUUCCCCAGGCUCCAUGUCAGACAACUUCUCCAUGGCCGACUCGAUGGACACUGACAAAGUUCGUGAGCUGGAAGGACUUGACCUAACAACACCUACAUCCCCUCUCGGCUCCACUUCCUCCUUGUCAGCUCCAGAAUGGGCCAGUGAUGGAUACGGCAGCAAUGUGAGCUCAGAGUUGGGUGCGAGGCUGAGAGUGGAGCUGGAGCAGACGGAGAGGUUGGAUGCUCAGUUUGUGGAGUAUCUCCGCUGCAGAGGAAUUAACCCCACAGCUAACACAGACAGUGCAGCAGGCAGUAUGAGCUACAGCGAUGACCUUCUGUCACCUGAGCUUCAGGCUCAACUGAAGAAAGUGUAUCAAGAAAGCUGCAGAAUUCUCACUUUGUCCCAGCGUCGAGCCACUUCCUCCAGCCAGCCUCAUGUCUCAGAUUUAAAAGUAUUUACAUCUAGUCAGACACAGCGCCACGCUGAAGACGGCUCUGCUCCACUGGACCACCUAGAUAAAUCACUGUCCAACCCUCCCAUGAGCUGGCAGCAGGAGAAGAGAGCACUGCAGGAGACUGUGAUCGCUCUCAGAGAGCUGCUCUGUCGGAUGGCUCAGAGACACACGCAAACUGACUUCAGGGGUGAAGAAGACUGGCACAGGAAUCAGCUGCAGACUGAUGGACAGGUUGAAUAUCAGCUAAGGGCAGAGCUGGAGGAAAGCCAGAAACACCUGAAAUGUGCUCACGACACUCAGCAAGAACAAAAGAACAAAAUACAGUCGCUCAGGAUGGCUGUGGAAGAGGGAGAGGAAGCUUUGCAGAGAGAGCAGAGCCGAGUACAGGAGCUUCAACAACAGCUGGAGCAGGAGAGAGCUCUGAGUCUGCGAAAGGACAGGGAGGAGGAGAAGAGGAGAGAGGCUGCACAUAUCUCCUCUGAGCAGCAGAAGUCAGAGGUCAUGGCUCUGAAGGGUCAGGUGGAGCAGGAGAAAGUGACCUGCAGCAACCUCAGACGGGAGCUUCAGAUCGAACAGUCCCGCAGUGAACUGCUGGAGAAGCGCCUGGAUGACACCCAGAAGGAGCUAGAAGAUGAACGCCAGCGUUCUGCUCACCAACAAGAGCAGACCUUUGAAGAAAAGACUCGUCUCGAACGCCUCCUGACUGAAGCGGAGUCUCGCAUCACAGAAGUUCACUCUAAGCUCGCUGAUGCUCACAGGAAGCUGGAUGAAGAGAGAGGCCGCUGCUCCAGACAGGUGGAUGAACUCAGCCGAAGACACGAGGCCGAUGAAGCCAGAGACAGGAAGUUCAUCUCUGACCUGCGCGCCCAGCUUGAGCAGGAGCGAAGGCAGGGGGAGGAGCUUGCUACAGUGACAGACAAACUAAGGGCUGAGCUGCUGCAGAGCAGGAGGAGAUGGGAAGAGGAGGACAGGAUGAAGAGGGAGGAGCUGCAGAGGGAGCAGGAGGCUGCCACCCGACAUCGUGUAGCUCUGGAGGCCCUGAGAGAGCAGAAACAGGAAGCCAGUCAGUCUUUAGAGGCGGAGCGGGAGCAGUCCAGACGCCAACGGGUGGAGCUGACCGAGCUGAAGGAGAGGCUGCGACUGUUGAAGGACAAAGAGAGGGAGAGGGAGGAGCAGUGGGAGAGAGAGAGGAGGAAGGGGAGGCAGGAGCAGGUGGAGAGGGAGAGACGACAGGAGAGGACUAACAACAAACUGUGUGAGCUGGAGUUGUUGAGGCAACAGGAUCAGCAACGCAUGCAGGAGCUACAGCGCACUUUGGCAGAGCUGCAAAGAGAGGAGAGAGAGAUGGCUGCUCAGAGACUGUCCGGACAAUUAUCAGGGCAGCAACACAAGGUUUCAUCCUCACAGAGCAACUUCCAGACAGGCAGCACACAACAGAGCAAGCAGCCAACACCCUCACCCAAGCUGCUGGAACAUUUGCUGGAGGAGAACUCAGAGCUGACCGAGCGCGUGACAUCACUGAGCCAGGAGAGAGCAACCCUCAAACACAGACUCACCUGCCUGGAGCGAGAGCUGCGACGCACAGAGAAUGAGCUCGCCAAGGUCACCACGGAAACUGAAAACAGGCCCAUCAAUGAUUUCACCAACAACAGCAAGCUGCAGCGUUUGUACGAGCGUUACCUGCGCGCUGAGAGCUUCAGGAAGGCUCUAGUUUACCAGAAACGCUACCUAUUGCUGCUGUUGGGAGGUUUCCAGGAGUGUGAACAGGCCACACUUUGCCUUAUUGCCCGCAUGGGGGCACAACCAUCACCCCUCCUGUCCUCCAAGCACAGACCUUUGGGACGAUUCAGAGCUGCUGUACGAGUGGUCAUAGCUGUCUCCAGGAUGAAGUUCCUGACCAGGAAAUGGAACAAAGCAAUCAGAAGGUUGUCUGCACCCGGGGCUGUUAACGGACAUGCUUCAGGGCCUAAAGCUGAAGUUUUACGGCAGCAGCACACUAGACUGAACUCUAACUCACUACCAAACAGAGACAGCGGUGCCAUCCACAGAGAUGCUGCGUCAGCCCUCGUCCCCCCUACCAAAUCACCUUUCAGGUUACACAACAGGUCGUACUCCAGCACCAGUAUGGUCUCGGCACUUUCAGGAGGAACCUCCCAGGACCCAGAACGAUCCCUGACGGAAUAUAUCCACCAUCUAGAGAAGGUUCAGCUACGUUUAGGCGGAGCCAAACAGGGUUCAUCAGCUCUCCAGCCUGACCCAAAGUUACUGGACAACUGAAACGAAUGUCUCCCAUCUACAUAUUGUUCUAAGACUGUCCACGCCUUAAAUCCAUUUAGAAAAAUGUAGAACGACAUAUCCCACAUGUUGCAUUUCCUUACAACGUGACUUUUUUUUAACAAGUGCAUCAGUUAUUUUUCAAUAUUUGCAUUUGUGUCUUUUCUAUUCUCUACUUUAGUAUUUUGAAGGUCACUCUAUAUAUUCUAAUGAACAAAUGUUUUUUUCAUGACUUAAACACAGCUGAUAUUUUUCUACUAAUGUUUUAUACCUUUUUGUGCUAUGUAAAUACAACUGAUGUUUCUUGCACAUGUCCAAAUUUGCACUGGUUUUAACUGUACUGUCAUGCUAAAUGUAUUUAGCGAUUGCAUAAAGUUGUAUCGUAUAUAUUUCUGUUGUUUUUUUUUUUAUUUGAUAAAGUUGAUAAAUAUUUUCAAUGUUUGUGUACAAACUAAACAGGCUGUUUAUUUGUUUUUCAUGGCAGCUUAUAAUAUUAAUGUCUUUUUCACAAUGCAAGUAAAAGACUUAAACUUUA